AUGGCAGAAGGAAGCAAGAGGUUUAGAGGAACGGUUAAGUGGUUCAAUGGCUGGAAAGGGUUCGGGUUCGGGUUCAUUACCCCCGACAACAGCGAUACAGCUUCCGAAUUCGUCCACCAGACUUCCAUCCAAUUCGACGGAUUUCGUACUCUUUACGACGGCCAACGGGUAGAGUUUCAGCUGGACCUCGCCGAAGAUGGUAGAAGCCGAGCUAUCGACGUGGUCCCUCUAGGAAGACGCCGCCGCACUGGCGUUGUGGAGUGUUAUAACUGUGGCAGAUUGGGCCAUUUUGCUAGGGAUUGCUACGCUGCUCCUGCUCAUGCUCAUGCUGAGCCUGGACAGGGCCGUGGAUUUGACGGCUCCCGUGGCCGUGGUGGUGGGAGGAAAGGGAGAGUGGACUGCUUCAACUGCGGAGAGGAAGGUCAUUUUGCCAGGGAUUGUUCCAGUUGA